CUGUAGCCUACCUGUUGUCUACCUGCCUGGUUGAGUCUGCCUUUCUUUGCUUGCCUGCCUGGUUUCCUGACUUCUGCCUGUGAUUUGACAACGAAUCUUAAAAAACAGACACAUCGACGCAGAGAUGAAGUGGAAAACUGAACUGAUUCUAAUCGGACUGGUUCUUCUUCUGAUCAACGCAAACACAGAUAAUGGACGGUUAAUUUGCCCAAAGAGCCGGGUUGGACCAGCUGUCGGAGAGAGCGUCACUUUGGAGUGCCACGUUGAUCCUGAACGUGAUGUGACGCCUGAACUAUUUAAAUUGAUGUUCAAUCAGGCCGACCCUGUCCUUGUAUACGGCGAUGGAAAGGUUUCUGAUGAUCAGGCAGAACAGUUCAAAGGCAGAGUGUCUCUUGAAUCUAACAGUGAGAAUCUAAGCAAAGGGGAAUUUGUAGUGAAAAUAUCACCAUUAAAUACAACUGAUGCUGGAACAUACACCUGCACUGUUGGAAAGGGAUCACAGAAAAUCUCCUGCAGUAUUGAUCUCAUCAUUGAUUUUUCAACAGAUCCAAAAGAGAAUAGGAUCCCAGGAAAUCCGACUGACAAUGGCGGUGGUGAUCACAAUACAUAUGUCACUGGCAGUGGCAGUGUCAUUGGCAUUGUCAUUAUCAUUGGCAUUGUCAUUAUCAUUGUCAUUGUCGUUGCUGUGGUGUUGUGCCGACGUAGAACGAGCCAAAGACAAGAAAACAAUCAAAACGUGGCUCCGGAUGCGAAUGAGUUGAAUGCUCCGUUGAACGCUCCAGAUGAGAGCAACGGGUGAAGCGGGAACAUCUGUGGUAUUAAAGUCCAGUCUGUGGCUGUUCUUUGACUACCUGCCAAAAGUACCUUUAGAAAAACACUCCAGUGGGCCUAAAACUUUACAAAGCUCAGGAAAUGAAGACGAUGCAAUGUGAAAUUGUAUAAAGAAAAGAUAUGUGAAUGUUACUUUUUAAAAAGGGCACUCCACUGAUCUUACACAUGAAGUUUAGUUAACUAGUACUACUCAGCCUGUCAAAAUUAGGGGUUUAAUGGUCUGUGCGUUCGUCCGGUUCGGUAUGCAACUUCCUCGGUUCGGUACGCCCUGUGACCCAAACAGUUACUGUCAAAAUAGUCUAUUGAUGUCUAUGUACUUGAACACGCUGAACAGAAAUUCUGGGGCGGGAGUGGCAGCUGUUGUCAGCUGUAGCAUGCUACUCGGGUUAGACCUGUUAGUCAAGCUCAUGAAGUGACGCUGCCUCCGAAAGGCAGACACACAAGAGAGACCUGAGCUGGAGGAUCCUCCAUGACAUUUAGAUCCACUGUAUGGGAGCAUUGCGGUUUCCUUGUUAGUUACACUGAAAAUGAAGAAAGAUUAGUAAAAAACCGAAUGCCAACACUGUUCAGCUCAAGUCGUCUACUGUAUGUCUGCGGAAACAUGGAAACAUGCUCAUUCACGACGGCAUCACCCGAAUGUGUCGAUUAGCGAAACGAGAACAGACUGGAAGGAGAGUCCUUCUCCCCACAGCGUUCGGGCAGCCUCUCACUGCAGGUUCAGUGAUGUUGCCAAAGCAACAGCUAAUGCUAUAGAGUGUUUAUCACUGCGCGUAUGUGACCGUACUCGGCCGUAGCGAAGGAUUUAAGCAUAUGGUGUAUAAGUGCUUAAGCCCGCUACCGUGUGCCUUAACAUGUCCAUUUUAGUCAGCCCGUUGUGCUGCCCUGCAUAAACGAGCGCAGGCUGCAGUUGUGCAGGAAUUAUCAACUCGACCGGCAGUUGAGUUCAGCUCUGAUGGAUGGACACCCAGGGCUACAGAGCCGGCCCUCGUCAUCACUUCUUUGACAAUAUGCCAUUAUUUGAGUGCCUUAACUGUUACAGUAAGAAUUAUGGCCAAAGAGCCACUGUUAAAAUAAAUAAAUUAGAAAAUAGUUUGGUACAUUUUUUUGAUUUCUCUGCUGUACCGAAAACAUACCGAACUGUGACCCAAAAAACGAGGCACACCGAACUGUGAAUUGUCUUAGAGUUACACAUCUAGUGAAAACAGUUAUAUAAUCUCUUCUGUGGGUCUGGGGGGCUUUCUUAAAUUUGAAAAAAUAACCAUGAUGAUGUCAUAGUAACUACUCUGCCUCUGCUGCUCAAUUUUGACCUUUCUUUAAAAAUCAGUCCCCCCCCUCCCCCCCCAACAUUAUGACAGUGCAACACUAAAUCGGUGGAGUGCACCUUUAAACAUCUGUGUAAAAAGUCAAUACUUCAUCCAAAUGUAUUUUUUGUAUCAAUUAUUGUAUCAUCCCCUUUAACUCUGAAGUUCAUUUGCAUAGACUUCAAAACUUGAUAGAAAAAUAAAGUUUGGUUGAAGUGUUUUCUUCAGCACCAAAAGCUGACUUUAGAAAAAAUUGGUGGUAAUUAUGAAUAUGGUUUGUAAUUAUACGUAGCAUUAAGUACUAUAAGCUACUAAAAUUGUUUGAGCAUUGAAGUCUUUUUUGACAUAUUAUAAAUGUAUGAAUAUGUAAUUUUUUACUGGAGGGUACUUAUAUGGCCAAAUGUUUCUGUUCUUUUGUAUUUUUAUAUCAACGGGCCAUUGAUUUUAAAUAAAUAAUAGAUUCAAAUA